AUGUUUAGUGAGUCUUUGUACUCGUUUCACACAGUCUCUGCUGACAAAAACCAAAGCAACAACCAGAAGGGCUUGUUGGAGGAUGAGCCAUGUCAAUACUCAAAUGGAAACAAUGAGCCUGGAAGUAAAGCAAAAGGGAACAGGGAUCAUGAACUUGUUGGAAGGUGGGGGAGCCCACGACACGGUGGAGGCGUUGGGGUUAGAAUCAGCACGUCCGUUUCUGGGAAAUUUGACAAACGAUGUCCAAAACCUAGCGAAGGGUACGUGCCACCACACUAUGUUGGUUUACCGAAAUAUUGGUUACCAAAUGAGACCUUUCAUCCGGAAAUAAACCCCCGAAGUCAACGCAUCACCAAGUGGGAAAACUAUGUGGGAAAUAGUGAGCGCUACCAUGCGAUUUGCGAGCUCGUGAAGGAGUUGUGGCUUGCGAACGCGCCUGUCAACGGGAACGAGAUGGGCAUCGAUGGUGUGAACGGUGCCCUACGGCAACUGGGUAUCGAGGUGUGGUCUCCGCUCGCAGAGAAUUUUUUCUCGGAGCUAUCGUUAAAUGAAACAAAUGGACAGCGACUUGUGGGAUACAGUGCCUUCAAACGCGUAUUUGUUAGGGAACUUCAGGCCCUCUUAACUCCUUCAUCAGGCACCAAUAGAUUGGAUGGUGAGGGUGUCCCAAGGGGUGACACUUGCGGUGUGCGGUUAUGUGACCCCAAUACGAUAUGUUCAAGUAUACAAACGCUUAGAAGACAUCAAAGCACACAGGGAGCAUCAAGCAAAAAUACAGUGUCGUCUGCUGCAGCUUCCUCUUCGUUCCGGCGCACUGCCGCUGGUGAACCUUCGGUUGGGUGGCCGGGCAUAUCCGAUAUUUGCUCCGCACUCUCUGGCCACGAUCUCUUGGGUGUAACUGCGGCCGACGUGUACCUCAGUCCUGAUAGUAGGAGACGGUCAUCCAUCCUGGGUUCGUCAUCUACAGGUACUGAUGCACUGCAACGGGUGAUGGGACGGGGCAACCAGGGCUUGUACCCUUUGCCCAUCGGUGCAAACGGUAAAACACUGGACGGGGUGUCUGUAGUGAGCAGAAUGUCUAUCGCCAAUUCCUGUGAAGGUGACUCCUGCACACCCGUUGCUCGUUCCAGACGAUCGUCUUCGCAUCGGAGUGCACUGGCGGUUGUUACGAGUCCCAACAAGUGCGAAGGGAGAAAGUUGCGAAGGGCGGAUGAGGGCUCUCCAGAGGCCGCAGGUGCCCAAAGGAGGGGUAGGUCAACCACGAAAACGAAAGGAGGUAAACAAAAAACCCGUCAGAAGUCUAGAGGCUCGUCCGCUACACCACGGCGACCUUCGCGGAAAAGCAGCUCGAAGAGGAGAAACCGUAGCGGCUCGAAGAGGAGGAACCGUAGCGGCUCAAAGAGGAGGAACCGUAGCAGCAGUAGCCGUGGUAGGUUGCCGCAAGAGUGCGAGGGACGUGACGAUUCAAGCACUUCCCUUUCAUCUGUGAGAAUUGUGAAGAAUCCUACCGGGACGCAGCGGGACGGAUCAGUGGUAGAAGACGAGAGCCAUUACGGCCCCUGCGAUGCAGCGGGAAGGGGGUCGUAUCGUUCACGCGUAAUGACCCUUCACCGUUGGCGGAGAACUUCACCACCUGUGUUAUGCGUGGAUGUAAGGAUGCCCGACGACAAGAGGGGUACCUUUGAUGUUUACAGGGGUGACACUGUGGAGGGGCUUGUGGGCGACUUCGCGAGUGCGUACAACUUGAGUGAUAGGUUAAGCAAACGCCUGGAGAGGUUGCUGGCAAGGAAGCUUGAGUACUACAAAUGGAAACUUUGA